GCUCGAGGAACCAACGGCGGUCUCGUCAAGUCCGGACAGGUAACCGUCAGCGAGGACCACGCCCUCCUCCGCUGCGCCGCCCGAGCAGGUAACAGGAAGUCCGCGGAGCUGGCUGACACCGACGUCGAAGAUAAUGAAGUCAACGGAUUUUUAAAUUUGGAAAAAAAUCAUUUGAAAACUUUCGAGACGUCACCGGAUUUGUACAAUGCGUCUAUCCGCUUUCACCAUUGUGAUGCUUCUUACCGCGUCAACAGAAUGCUUACAAACAAAGAUCAAACCAGCCAAGGGCUCAUCGGUGAGCGUGUCCACUGUCCUGCCCUCAGACGAGUGUUCAGUUUGUAAGGUCAGUGGGGUCAAUGGCACCGAGACGUCGUGUACGUCCUCACUUGUUGCGGAACCUGAGGUGGAAAUCCAGCUGCUGUUCAAAUGCUCUCAAGCAGUGGACAAAGCUUUUGCUGCCACGAUCAGCCAGUCUAUAGUUUGCACCAAAGACGCCUGCAGCCCGGCAACUGUGGAAAGUCAAUAUGCGAUUCUUGCUGAGUUGCCCAGAACAUUUACCUGGACGAUAACCGCUCCUGAGAAGACCCUAGUGGGACUGGACAUCCUAGGAGAGGGACUGAAGGAGUCCACUGAGCCCUGCCAGAAUGGAUACCAGUACACAAUUACAAUGCCCAAGUCUAAUGAAAAAGUCCACUACUGCAAAGCCGGUUCAGUGACUCACCUGGACUUGCUCAGUGGAGCAGUUGUGUCGCUACAAGUCAAACCAAAGGCAACCGUGGAACCUGUGUUGUUCCAGGCCUCUGCCGGACCUCUGAAGGGCCCGACUGUAGUGGUGACGGUGACUGACAACGAAAAAAUGGUGGUCAGCAGGAAUCCAAAGGAACCGGAGUGUGACCUGUGCUCCUUAGAAGGUGGUGUCUCCACCUGUAGUUCCACUGGCAAAACCCUGACAGGCGUGUCAGGCCUAUCAUUGGAGUUUGGCUGUCUCAAACCUCAGGAUGUGUACCAGGUGGAAAUAAGCAAGAAAAUUGAGUGUGUCAAGACCUCCUGCACCCCUGGCGCUGUAGAAUUAGACCCAGAGCUGUUUAAAGGCUUUGAGAGGUCCCUAACAUGGGUGAUCAGUGUCCCGGAUAAAACAGUGUUGACCCUGGAUGCGUUUGGUGGAGGACUGAAAGAGGUACCUGCAUCAGAAGAAUGCCAGGACGGAGUCAAGUACUCGACAGAAACCCGCAGAAGUGAUGGAGAGCUGAAGACGCUGAGCUACUGCAGUGGAGGAACUCUGUCUCGCCUUGACCUGCCUGGAACAACCACCCUGUCUGCCAGACUGCCUCAAGGAGCCGAAGUGGAUAAGAAACUGUUUUCUGUUAGUUCAGCCCCCAGAGCCAGCAGAAUGAUGUCCGUAAUCCCUGACCAGAACACCAUCGUCCGUAUCACCAGGGUGUCAGCGGAACCGGACUGCAGUGUCUGUGUUGAUCUUCCACCCAAUCAGAAGUGCCAUCCCAACUCCCUGACUCUGAGAGAUUCACGGAACACCUCAGUGGAGUUCACUUGUCCACAACCUCAGGACGUCUACAAAGUGGAGAUCAACAGAGAAAUUGACUGCACUGCAACCUCCUGCUCAGGUGACAUUGUCCAGCCAGAAUCGUCGCUGUUCCCAGACUUUGACCGGACCUUCACGUGGGAUCUGAAAGUUAUUUCUACUCGCACCUUCCAGUUGGACUUCCCUCCACCUGGAAUGGGACAGAUUCCCAACAAGGCCACGUGCCCAGAUGGACACACAUAUUCACUGAUCACCUAUCUGCGCACUGGGCCUGCAACUAUUGGAACAUUCUGUAAAGGUGGCACAGUGACCACCAUCCAGGCUCGCUACAAAGGCAGAGUGUCCCUGGACGUGCCCGGAGAUAGAAGUCUGGAUGCUGUGGACUUUAAGCUUAAAGUUGGACCAGAGACCAGCAAGCUGGCCAUCGUGAAGGUCAAUCUUCCUCGUGGAGUCUCAACAACUGACUUCAUCUCUGCCAACUACCCCAAUGACUUUCCAGACGCCCAGCAGAUGCAGUGGGACUUUGUGGUUCCCGGCAUGCACAACUAUUCUGUGAAGUUUCAUAAUCACUCAGAGCCCGAAUGUCUAAGCGGGGAAUUCGGGGUGGAGUACCAGAAACAAGAUAAGAAGGUUUCCAAGGUAGCUUUGACAGAUCCUCAGCCGGAGCAUCAACAGGGAAACUUCAACAUGAUGCUGAAGAACUGCGAGACAAACCGCACUCUUGAGGGACUCAGCCUCAAGUACUCUGUGUCAGGGAUGAGGAGUGGUCAUCCAGUCCUUUGCACGGUGGAUCUGACCAAACUCCAGAAAGUCUCACUGCAGAUUGAUAAAGUUGGUUCUGACCCGUACUGUGAGAUGAGCCUGGACUCUAAAGUUGUGACGAAAGUGGAGGUGGCAGCAGGAUCCAAAGCCUCACUAUCUUUUCUCGACUGUCCCAAGGAAGACUUGAGACUCACCGCGGCACAAGUUAUUGAAUGUAAAAACAUCUCAUCCUGCCCCUCAACUUUUCUCACCGUGCCCACGUUGGAUUCCUGUUUGCCGAUGCCACUUCACAGCUUCAAGUGGGACAUCAUCAUCCCCGAGGAUGGGACUGUUGAUCUGGUCUCCCCGUCUGAUGGCUUGGAUCAGGCUUUGCCCGGGGAGCGGUGUAAUGGGUCCACCUCACUUCAUUUAGCUGAGGCUGAUGGUCUUUCUGUGGGGGAUUUCUGCUUGAGAGGAAGAAUCCAGAAGGUUCAGAUGCAUGCCAACGUCUCAGUCACUGCCAUCGAGAAAUACUUCAACAAGAACAAGGGGCCGUUCCUUAAUGUUUCCUUCAGCCCUGGCAUCCCAGAGACCAUCAUCUACAGCAUCAGCCCCGAGGUGGGCACGCAGACCCUGUUGGCCACUCCCAACUGGCCUGCAGGUAUGAGACCUCUGUCCACCGUGGCCUGGAUCGUCAACCUGCCGAGUCAGUACCAGGCCCACAUGCAGGUGGUGAACUUCAGCCAGCCCAAAUGCAGUGACCGACACACCAGCAUCAAAGUCAGGAUGCUGGGUUAUGAGGAGGAGAUGUUGAGCCGCAGAGAGGACGAGCCGAUAGAUGACAAGCUGCUGAUCCCCAACAGCUUUUACCUCAACAUGUCCAACUGCAUCCCAGAGAAGAAAUACUUUGGGGCUGUGACCAAAAUCAUUCUGGAGCCCAAAACAAAUAUCUUGGCCCUAGUUUUGGGCAUUGUUGGGGCCUUACUGGCACUACUGCUGAUCGUGCUGGCAGCUGUGUGUCUUGUCAAAAUGAAGAAGAAAAGGGACAGGAUGAAAAAAGAGUCGUCCAUCUACAUCGGCAAGGGAAACAUUUUCCUCCCCGGCGACCACCACUUCACCAAAAGCCGCAGCGACAACGAGUCGCACGUCUACGCCUCCAUUGACGAGUCCAGGAUAUACAGCCACCUGCUGGGCGACUCCAGCUACUCGGACAGCAUCCAGGACCGCUUCAACGGCAUGCAGGUGGACGCCUACAACACCUUCACUGGGCCCGUCGACGGCCCGCUGCCCGUCAUCAAGGAGCCGGAGCCCGAGCCAGAGAUGGACCAGUACAGCAGCUUCCUAGAUCCCUCUGAGACUUUUAUCCCGUCUCGUCCUCGCACUCCCAUCGAUCGCCAGGACAGUCUGGGGUUCGAGGACCGCCGGAUGGUGGACAACGAGCUCUACACCUUCAGGAGCACUGGGGACAUAAACACCAUCCGACUCUCUGCCACCAAUCUGGAACGGGAACCAUCGAUUUUAGAGGAGACGUUUUAGAGGACUGGAGCUGCUGGGACACUCUGGGUGGGUUUUGCCAAGACUCAAGUGGAAGCUCAGGAAUGUUUUUUUUAAUUUUUGUUUUCCAAGGAAUUUGGUUUUAGAGUGUCUGGGCAUGUGCUCUGGAUUUAGGGGCUGACGUUUUAUUUUUCUGUCUUAUCUAGGAGAAAUGUCAAAUUGUAAUUGUAAAUACAUGUUUUUUUUUUAAUAAAUUGA